AUGCCUGACCCCGCGGCGCACCUGCCCUUCUUCUACGGCAGCAUCUCGCGCGCCGAGGCCGAGGACCACCUGAAGCUGGCGGGCAUGGCCGACGGGCUCUUCCUGCUGCGCCAGUGCCUGCGCUCGCUGGGCGGCUACGUGCUCUCGCUCGUGCACGAAGUGCGCUUCCACCACUUCCCCAUCGAGCGCCAGCUCAACGGCACCUACGCCAUCGCGGGCGGCAAGGCGCACUGCGGCCCCGCCGAGCUCUGCGAGUUCUACUCGCGCGACCCGGACGGGCUGCCCUGCAACCUGCGCAAACCGUGCAACCGGCCGCCGGGCCUCGAGCCUCAGGCCGGGGUCUUCGACUGUCUGCGCGACGCCAUGGUGCGUGACUACGUCCGUCAGACGUGGAAGCUGGAGGGCGAGGCGCUGGAGCAGGCCAUCCUCAGCCAGGCCCCCCAGGUGGAGAAGCUCAUCGCCACCACGGCCCACGAACGGAUGCCCUGGUACCACCACACUCUGACUCGCGAAGAGGCCGAACGCAAACUCUACUCGGGCACGCAGACAGACGGCAAGUUCCUGCUACGGCCCCGGAAGGAGCAGGGCACGUAUGCGCUGUCCCUGAUCUAUGGGAAAACGGUGUACCACUACCUCAUCAGCCAGGACAAGGCGGGCAAGUACUGCAUUCCUGAGGGGACGAAGUUUGACACUCUCUGGCAGCUGGUGGAGUACCUGAAGCUGAAGGCAGAUGGGCUCAUCUACUGCCUCAAGGAGGCCUGCCCCAAUUCCAGUGCCAGCGCCGCCUCCGGGGUUGCUGCUCCCACACUCCCAGCCCACCCAUCCACGUUCACCCAAAGACGGAUGGACACCCUUAAUGCAGAUGGAUAUACUCCUGAGCCCGGGCGCCCCACGUCCCCAGCGAAAACGCGCCCGCUGCCCAUGGACACGAGCGUGUAUGAGAGCCCCUACAGCGACCCCGAGGAGCUCAAGGACAAGAAGCUCUACCUGAAGCGUGAGAACCUCAUCAUGGCCGACAUCGAGCUCGGCUGCGGCAACUUCGGCUCGGUGCGCCAGGGCGUCUACCGCAUGCGCAAGAAGCAGAUCGACGUGGCCAUCAAGGUGCUGAAGCACAGCACGGAGAAGGCGGACAAGGACGAGAUGAUGCGGGAGGCGCAGAUCAUGCACCAGCUGGACAACCCCUACAUCGUGAGGCUCAUCGGCGUCUGCCAGGCCGAGGACCUCAUGCUGGUCAUGGAGAUGGCGGGCGGCGGGCCCCUGAACAAGUUCCUGCUCGGGAAGAAGGAUGAAAUUCCCAUCAGCAACGUGGCGGAGCUGCUGCACCAGGUCUCCAUGGGGAUGAAGUACCUGGAAGAGAAGAACUUCGUGCAUCGAGACCUGGCAGCCCGAAAUGUCCUGCUGGUCAACCGGCACUACGCCAAGAUCAGUGACUUCGGCCUCUCGAAGGCACUGGGUGCCGACGACAGCUACUACACCGCACGCUCCGCGGGAAAGUGGCCUCUCAAGUGGUACGCGCCCGAGUGCAUCAACUUCCGCAAGUUCUCCAGCCGCAGCGACGUCUGGAGCUACGGCAUCACUAUGUGGGAGGCCCUGUCCUACGGCCAGAAGCCCUACAAGAAGAUGAAGGGCCCCGAGGUGAAUGACUUCAUCAAGCAGGGGAAGCGGAUGGAGUGCCCGCCGGAGUGUCCGCCGGAGCUGUACGCGCUCAUGAGAGACUGCUGGACCUACAAGUGGGAGGACCGCCCAGACUUCCUGACAGUGGAGCAGCGUAUGCGGACCUAUUACUACAGCUUGGCAAGCAAGGCUGGGGGGCCUGAUGGGGGUGGGCAGGGGGCUGAGGCUGCGUCCACCUGAGCUCACGUGCCCCAGGGCCUGAAGACCUCUGCCUUGGACCCCAGGC